AAGGCUCCCGCCAAGGGGAACGGGGGAGUGGAGUUCACCAUGCGAGCCCGCAAGAGGAAAGCUGAUGUGGCCACGUUCUUACAUGAUCCUGAUGAAGAACUUGCUAAAAUGGAGAUGACUAGGAAGAGGCAAUAUGAAAACCAGCCAGCCUGGAACAAUGUUUACAAAAAUGCCUAUAUGCUAAUUCCUACUCCUGAUAAAGAUGAUGAUCCAGUUGGUGUUGAUUACUCCCACUUUAUGCAUCUAAGUGCUCCAACUAGACCUUCACCAUUACCAGUUCUGGGCUGGGCGAACAGAGAUGACGUAUGGAAAAACAUGAUAAAGAAAGAUGAGAUGUAUGUGAGGGAUAAAUUUUACAUGCAAAGGCACCCUCUCCUGCAACCUAGAAUGAGAACAGUCCUUCUAGACUGGCUGAUGGAGGUUUGCGAAGUCUACAAGCUUCAUCGGGAAACUUUUUAUUUAGCACAAGAUUUCUUCGAUCGGUUUAUGGCGACCCAACAGAACGUUCCAAAAGCAGUAUUGCAGCUUAUUGGUGUCUCUUCUUUAUUCAUAGCAGCAAAGAUUGAGGAAAUUUAUCCACCAAAGUUGCACCAGUUUGCCUAUGUUACAGAUGGAGCUUGCACAGAAAAUGAAAUCAUCAGUAUGGAAAUGAUCAUUAUGAAGGCUCUUAACUGGAACUUGAAUCCGCUGACACCUGUGUCGUGGCUAAACACCUACCUGCAAGUUGUGUAUUUAAAUGUGCAGUAUGAGGUAUUGCUGACACAAUAUCCACAGCAGAUAUUUGUUCAAAUAGCAGAGCUCUUGGAUCUCUGUGUGCUGGAUAUUGGCUGCUUGGAAUAUACAUACGGAGUGCUUGCAGCUUCUGCUUUGUAUCAUUUCUCCUCAUUUGAGCUGAUGCAGAAGGUUUCAGGUUAUGAAUGGUGCCAGAUAGAGGGAUGUGUGAAAUGGAUGGUUCCAUUUGCCAUGGCUAUAAGGGAAGUAGGAAGCUCCAAACUUAAACACUUUAGAGGUAUAGCUCCUGAAGACUUUCACAAUAUACAGACACACAUCAAAAGCUUGGAUUUGCUGGACAAAGCUCAAGCAAAACAAGCCAUGUUGGCUGAGCAAAGUAGGACUUCACCUUUCCCCACCGGUGUCCUUACACCACCACAAAGUAGCAAGAAACAGUCUUCUGGACAGCAGCCCAUGUGACUAGAGAAACUGUUGACAGUUUUGCUGAAGUGCCUGUUCUGCUGGUUUUAACUCCUGCUCCUUUAUGGAAAUGCUGCCAGUGAAGUUUAUAAGCUUUUAUGGAAUCUGAAAAAGAAACCUUAUUUUUUUUGUUUUAUGACAGAAGAAUUUUUUUUUCUCUAUUUGAAAUAUUUUUAUUGAAAGUUAAAAUAUUUUUAAGUAAUGGGUCAAGUACGCCAGCCACCUAAAAGAACACCGAAGAGUGCUCCCAAUGCUGCUAUGGCGGGUGGUGCUUGAUGUGACCAACUGUUCAGAAAAAGGGCUUGACGUUUAGCUUGGUUCCUGUCUCUUGGAUAAUAACAGUACAGCCAUGCUCUUCCCUCUUGACCAAUGGGCAAGAAGUGCU